UGAGUUAUUUUUUAUUUUCACAGAAAUAGAUCAGUAAGUCAGAUUUUUUGAUCAAAAUUUAAAUUCAAAUUAUUGUAUUAGUUUUCUGAUUUGUUUUUUGGAAAGAUGGUCAGCGAUAUGAACCGUUCAAAAAAUGUUAGCAAACUAAAAUCACCAAAAUCAAGUAGCCGUUCAAGACGCAAUAAACUUUCAAUAUCAAGAGAACAUCAACGGACAAAGAGUCCCUUUAAAAAGGAUUCAGAGAUACAAAUGAAUAAAAAAAUCAAAUCCGGAAGCUGGAAACGAACAACAUCCUCUUGGAACUUAUCAUAUUCCAAUACAAAUCUUAAUGAGUCCACAAAUCUGAACAGCGAAUCUACAUUUCCUUCUUUGUCAACAACUGCCAAAUUUCGAUCCGAAUCCCAACCAUCAGUUUUGUAUUCUGAUGUCCUUUUCAAUGGUGAAAAACUCAAGACUCCAGUCAAAAUAAAGAAUCUAACACCAAGACAUUGCAUGAAACUUAAAUCGCGAAGUCUAAAACGUCUUAUUUCUGUGGAUAAAAUAUUACAAAAAAGCAAAAGCAAGGAACGGGAAGAAAGUAACCGUCGUCUUCGGCGUUUAAAGAAGAUAACUUCACAAGUAUCAGUUGAAGCCCCAUCAGUCACAAUUACAACAAAAACAAAUGAUAAUGCCCCAAAGUCCUCAGUAGAGUUGGACGAUUGCGUUAAUAAAUUAAUGAAACAUCUUAAUAUCAAUAUUCAGCCAUGGAAUUUCGAGGAUUACAACGAAUUCGAUGAUGGCCCUGAUGAGUAUAUCAAUCGUUUCGAUGAUUACAAUUAUCUAGCUUGUGAGAAUGUAGCUCUUGCUGGUUUGAGAUUAGCUACCGAUGGUAAAUUUAGAAUUUAAUAAUGUUUUAAAAGUUUUUUUUUUUUGGAAUUUGGAAUUUGUUUUGUUUGGAAUUUUGAAUUCGAAAUAAAGAAAUUAAUAAAGAUUUUCCACCAUUUA